GCAGCUGGCGCGGGUGUUACGCGGUGAGUAGUGCGCGCUCUCGGUCUCCGCUCGCGGUUUGGAUGUCUCCGCCUGCCGGGCGCCCAGGUCGCGGCCCACCGAGCCAGCAGUGCUUCCGUCAGGGGCGCGCCCGGGGUCUCCCCCUAGCGACCUAGACGACCCCCGCCGACCCCCAGGUCGGAGGCGCAAGGUCUCGGCGGGAACCCAGCCAUGGAGUUGGCCUCCACGCCGUCGACGCAGCUGACGCUCUCGCUGGCCCUCCUCGUCGUGGCGGCCGUCCGGAGGUGCGACACCGUCUCCGAGAGCAUCAUCGGAAGUCGGGAAACCUGCGACGUGGAGGGGGAGGACUUCACCGUGGACAAAAUCCCGAACACCAGGUGCUUCAACUGCAUCUGCAAGAAUGGAUUCGUGGAGUGCCUGAAACAACAAUGCCCCAGCAUAGAAGGCUGCUACACCCUGUUGGAGCCGAGAAACGACGAGUGCUGCCACAGGUGCAAAGGCUGCGUCAAGAACGGAGUCCAUCACGCCUCGGAGACGGAGUGGACCGAUGCCAAUGACCCUUGCCGGAUAAUGACCUGCAAGGCGGGGGUGAUAACGGAGUCGAGGCUUCGAUGCUACACCCCUUGCUCCAACCCGAUUCCUGCACCUCCCGGCCAGUGUUGUCCGACUUGUACAGGGUGUUACGUGAACGGACAGAAGGUGACGGCGGAACGGACCGUCACCACGACGGAGGAUCCUUGCGUCACGUGCAGGUGCAACAUGGGGCGUCUGACUUGCGCCAAGCAGGCGUGUCCUGUCCUCCAUUGUCCUGCCUCGAGGAUCAUCCGCGAGCCUGGAGAGUGUUGUCCGCACUGCAAAGGAAGCGGGAGGUUCCUGUCUCCACCGAAAGGCGCCUGCAUGCUGGGCACGACGGUCUACAACUCCGGCACGCAGUUCUACCUGGACGAGUGCACCAGGUGCAGCUGCACGAACUCCGUGAUCACCUGCACGAAAGAGACCUGUCCGGUGUUGGAAUGCACGAGCGAACACCAGACGACUCUUCCCGGUCGAUGCUGUCCUCAGUGUCCACUCAUCGAGGAGAGUCGAGCCUCCUGCACCUACGGGGGAAGAACUUACGGGGAUGGCGAAUCUUGGAAGCUUGACCCUUGCAAGGCAUGCGCUUGCAUGCAAGGCAAAGUGCGCUGUGCAAUGCCGAUGUGUCCACCUCUGAACCUGCCAUGUCCGCCUAACUCGAGGCUGGAACAUCCCGAAGGACAAUGUUGUCCUCGUUGCGUGGAAAGUGAUGGCGUCUGCACUGUUUUCGGUGACCCACAUUAUAGGACCUUCGACGGAAAGUUCUUCAGCUUUAAGGGCCCGUGCAAGUACCAGUUGGUCAGCGAUUGCUUGGGGCAUACGUUCAGCAUCAGAGUGACCAACGAUGCGAGGUCCACCAGAUCGUCGGCUUGGACCAAGACGAUAGCCCUUAAGGUCGGCGAUCUGAAGGUGAAUCUAGGCCAAAGAAUGCGCGUUAAGGUGAACGGCAAGAAGGUGGAGGUGCCGUACAGAAUACCGAGUAGGCUCGACAUCAAUCGGACCGUCGACAGCAUCCUGGUGAGCACGCAGAUCGGCAUCAAGAUCCUCUGGGACGGCAUCAGCUUCCUCGAGAUCUCGGCGCCGACUUCCUAUCGCGGCCGCCUCUGCGGACUCUGCGGGAAUUUCAACUCCUUGCCAAAGGACGACCUGACCACCCGCCGAGGGAGACUCGUCCAGGACCCUCAGCUCUUCGGCCAGUCCUGGACCGUGGGGGGCAAGAAGAUGUGCGCCGCCCGCUCCCGGACGAUCGGCGUCGACAGGGAGAGGCGAUGUCGGAGCAAGAAAAACCACAGGCUCUGCAAUCGACUGCGGUCGCAGGUGUUCGACCCGUGCCACAAGAAGGUGAACCCGACGAUGUACUACAAGGCGUGUCUGCAGGACAUGUGCGAGUGCCCAACGGAGAACUGCUACUGCGAGUCCUUCACGGCCUACGUGCACGAGUGCCAGCGGCUCGGCAUCCAGCUGGCGCACUGGCGGAAGUCGACGCGCUGCCGCGCCGUCUGGGACGUCGCCGCGCCGCAGGGCUUCCGGCGGCGCGUCCGCUAACGAGCGUGGGUUCGUCGCGGCGCCGCGACCUCGCGACCUCGCGAACUCGCCACCUCGCCGCGGCGAACGCGCCCAUUGCCGUCGACCUCGAGCCGCCGUCCGCGGACUCUCGACGUUUCCUAGUCACCGCUUUCUGUCAAUACGCAAUAACGUGCACCGUGCAGUAUUUUCCGGCCGAUGAGCAGGCUCGCGGCAUAGUAGCAUCCACUUCCCAGUGUAACCUGACGCGUCUCGAUCGCCUUAGACUUAAGGAAUCUCCACGUUUUACACGUCUCUGAAAGUUACAAAAUAUCAUAUAUAGUAUAUUAUAUAUAUAUAGAUGAAUGAAUAUAAAUAUAUAUUAUAUAUAUAAAUGUGUAUAUCUAAUAUUACCGUAGGCGAAGGCCGGCGUUGCCGUGGCGGGAAUCUCGAUGUCCUCCCUGCGAUCGGCCAAUUGUAAAUAGAUAAUGAGAUUACCUAGAAGAUCGCGACGAUCAAGAAAGGGCGCGCCAUUUUUCUCAACGUCUCUUCUCUCUUCCGAAGUCUCUCUUUUGAACUCGAGUUACCAGCGCCGAGCUGUAACGGAGUCGCAUCUCGACAAAGUGGCGUCAAAUCCGCCAUUUUGAAAAGCUUCGGUUAUUCUAUCAAUAGUAAUUAAUCAUUUUAGAAAAUGACGGAUUUGGAGACGUUGCCUCGACUCCUUUCUUUUAAUUACGUUGCGUUAAUUACCAUAAUUUGAUGUACUCGUACCUCGGAUUAGUGGCGUCAGAUUCGCCAUCUUGAAAGGCUCUUACCGUUUCACCAAAAGUGAUCAACUGUUUGGCAUAGGGAGUUUUCAAAAUGGCGAAUCUGGAAUCAUAGAUCUAAGCCUAGUUUUGACAGCAGCGAGUUUGUACGAACUAGGCCUUAGCCUUUUGAUAACAGUGUAUAAAUUACCGUAAAUGGAUGUUUUCGUACAUUACCCUACUGGCGUCAGGUCCGCCAUUUUGAAAGACUUCGAGUCAAAUAGUUCAUCGUUAUUGACUAAAAAUGGUAUGUUAUUAAUUAUUCUAUCGAAAGUGAUUAUAGGGUUGAAAAUUUUCAAGACCAUGAAUGUGGAAUUACUGAUUCAACUGUAUUUUCUUUUGUAUAACUAUGCAUAAACUAUCAACGACGAGUUCACGCGGUCACUAUCAAAUUAGCUAUUCUGAAAGGCCUUAAAUAUUAAUUGUUAACAAUAGAAGUUGAAUCAUUUUAUCGAAAAUGACCAAUCAUUUGACUCAAAGAUUUUCAAUGCGAUGAACCUGAAAUCAUUGACACCACUUUUGAUAACAACGCGUGAAUUAACAGCGAAGCUGAAAUGUUUGCAAUUAAGCUCAAUGACGUCAGAUCCGUCAGUUCGAAAGACCUUGAUUAUUCGGACAAGUGACAAAUCAUUUUACGUAAUUUAAAAUGAUGGAUCUGGAUUCAUUGACUCGGUCCCACUUUUGAUAACUAUGCGUGAACUACCGUUUAGUGAACACUAGCGGGCCUUUUUUUCAUAUGUAAAGCGCAAUAAAACAAGAUUUGUAUGUACAAAAUCUCUCUAUCAUUAAUGGGUUGCGAAUCAUGUGACGUUACUAGCUAAUAGUGCGCCA